AUGGGCAGCCAGGCGGCCUCGCUUCAAUUCGGCGUCGAGAUUGAGCUCCUCCUGGGCAGCCGCAAAAAGGCGUACGGCUCAUGGAGCGCGCUGGCCAAGGACGUCAGCAAGCGUCUGCUCAAGGCCGGUAUCAACAACCACAUCAACGAGGGCGGCUCCCGUUCGGCCGAGAACUACAGCGAGUGGUCCAUCGUGCAGGAGGUCACCAUUCCCAGCCAGCCGGCAAACAAUCUCUGGGGCAUUGAGCUCGUCUCGCCCGUCUACCCAGCAGCCUGGUACUGGGCUGGCGACAUUGACGCCGUGUUUGCUGCGGUCCAUGGCGCCUUCAUGGUGGUUGCGUCGCCGCACUGCAGCACGCACGUGCAUGUGUCGGCCACUCCGGCACCGCUGUCGACGGUCGAGCUCGGUCUGCUGGCCAAGGCCGUGCUGUACUUUGAACCAGCCCUAGACGGGCUUGCGCCUACCGUGCGGCGCUCCUCGUCGACGUACUGGUGCCAGUCCAACCGCGUCAGUCAGGCCUUCCGGGACCAGCAGGGCCUCGACAGCUGUUUUUCCAUCAUCGACGCGGCGGUCGACUCUGCCGCUGUGGCCGGCGAGGUGUCUGCAACACGCGCCGUGGUCGAGGCCAUCAAUCUGUUCCCUGCUGGCUCGGCGUAUGGACGGGCACAUGGCAAGAAGCAUGACUUCGUGCGCGGAAAAGCAUUUAAAUGGGACUUCUCCGGCAUGUUGCCCAAGUCUGCUGGCUGUGGCACCGGCCUCGGCACCGUUGAGUUUCGCCAGCCGCCCGGAAGCACGGCGGCCGACGAGGCCUGCGCGUGGGUCACGCUGGCACUGACAUUCGUGGCCGGCGUCACGGCCGUGGGCGACUUUGGCGUGGACAACGUAGACGCCGGGGCCUCGCCGGCCGAGCUGUGGAACGUCCUGCACAGCGGCGCCGCUUUUAUCGGCUGGGAGGGACUGGGCACGCUCGAGCACCUGUUCGGGUCCAGCUCCAGCGACAGUGACAAUUAG